AAUACUCUAUGAGGCUAAUGAAUCCGUGGGGAUUCUCAUUCACUCCACAGUUUAGUUUACUAGUUUAUUGUUUUUCCUACGUUUAACGCGGAAUCCACACGUUCCUCCUCAUUCCCAUUUUCUCCAGUGGUCAAGACUAUAUUAGUUACUUCGCCAACCCAAAACACACUCACUCUCUUUUUUCCACUAACCGCGUAUCAAACAGAACCAAACAACAGAACAGAACAGAGCAGAGAAACAGAGCGCGUUAAGGAUGUUGGAGUGGUGCCUGAGGCCACUGGAGAUGUGUUUUGGUGGUGGAGGCAGCGACCAAAGCCUUCUCUGGGACACUGACCUUAAGCCACACGCUUCAGGGAACUACUCAAUUGCAGUAGUACAAGCCAACUCCUCCUUGGAAGACCAAGCACAAGUCUUCACCUCUCCCUCCGCAACCUUUCUUGGCGUCUACGACGGCCACGGCGGACCACAAGCUUCCCGUUUCAUCACCAAUAAUCUCUUCUCCUUCCUCCUCAAAUUCACAGAAGAGGAAGGUGGGUUGUCUGAGGAGGUGAUAAAGAAGGCGUUCGCGGCAACAGAGGAGGAGUUUUUGCGUUUUGUGAAACAAACAUGGAUUGCGCGGCCACAGAUGGCUUCAGUGGGUUCGUGCUGUCUUCUGGGAGCGAUUUCAAAGGACGUUCUUUAUGUUGCUAAUCUGGGGGAUUCAAGGGCGGUUCUGGGUCGGAGAGCGUUGGUAGGAGAGGUGAAUUGCGGUGGUGUGGUGGCGGAGCGUUUGUCCACUGAUCAUAAUGUUGGAGUGGAGGAGGUCAGAAAGGAGGUGGAAGCUCUUCACCCUGAUGAUGCACACAUUGUGGUCUGCACUCGUGGAGUUUGGCGAAUCAAGGGCAUUAUUCAGGUAUCAAGAUCAAUUGGAGAUGCUUACUUAAAGAAAGCAAAUUUUGACGCAAACCCUUUGUUCCAACAAUUUGCAUGUCCAUUGUACUUGAAGAGACCUGUAAUGACAGCCGAACCAUCAAUACUGAUGCGGAAAUUGAAGGAAAAUGAUCUGUUUUUAGUCUUUGCAUCAGAUGGACUUUGGGAGAAUUUAACUGAUGAAGAGGUUGUUCAAAUUGUCUCAGAAAAUCCCAGAACAGGAAUAGCAAAACGAGUGGUGACAGUUGCACUAGAAGAGGCAGCAAAGAAGAGAGAUAUGAGGUAUGAUGACUUAAAGAAAGUUGAGAAAGGUCUGAGGCGUCAUUUUCAUGAUGAUAUCACAGUGAUCGUUCUAUAUCUCGAUCAUUUGAAAGAAUCUAUAAAUGAUGUGCUGAAAUUGCUCCCCGUGGAAAUCCGAAUACAACAAAGGGCGGCGAACCUGUGAUCCCCAAAGUCGUGCUUUCACACGGUGGCCGGAAACUGAGCAAAACUGAAAACGGAGAGGAAAAAGUGACCGAAUGGGGGUAGCGGCGGAAGCUCAUAACGUGAAAAUUUUGGGAUCAGGCACCGAGUACAUCGUUCUGGGUCAUGGUUUUGGCACGGAUCAGUCUCUGUGGAAACACUUUGUACCUUAUCUCGUCGACGAUUACCGUGUCGUUCUCUACGACAACAUGGGCGCGGGUACCACUAACCCUGAGUUCUUCGAUUUCGACCGUUAUUCCACCUUAGAAGGAUAUGCGUCUGAUUUGCUUGCCAUUUUAGAAGAGCUCCAAGUUGAAUCUUGCAUUUUCGUUGGCCACUCUGUUUCCGGAAUGAUUGGUGCUAUUGCUUCCAUUGCUCGCCCCGAUCUCUUCACCAAACUCGUUAUGGUCGGCGCUUCUCCAAGGUAAUCGUGAAUUAACUAGCUCCACCCUCAAAAGUACUAGUCACUGGACAAACAAUGAUUUAUUCAUACUGAUUUUAAAUUUCUUUCUCAUUUUCAGGUAUUUGAACGACGUGGAUUACUAUGGAGGGUUUGAGCAGGAAGAGCUGAACCAACUGUUCGAUGCUAUGGCGGCGAAUUACAAAUCGUGGUGCAGCGGGUUCGCUCCGCUGGUUGUGGGCGGAGACAUGGAGUCCGUGGCGGUGCAGGAGUUUAGUCGAACGUUGUUCAACAUGAGGCCGGACAUAGGGCUAAUGGUAUCGCGGACAAUAUUUCAAAGCGAUAUGAGACACAUUCUGAAUCUUGUCAGUGUCCCCUGCCACAUCAUCCAGGCGGAGAAAGACAUGGCGGUUCCGGUGGUGAUCUCGGAGUACCUCCACCAAAACAUUGCUGCUCAGUCCAUCGUGGAAGUUGUUUCCACCGAAGGCCAUUUGCCGCAGUUAAGCUCGCCGGAUAUCGUUAUUCCGGUGCUGCUCGAACACGUUCACCUUGAGAUUGAGGCAAGAAGAUAAACACUUUGGUGAUCCACUUGAUUCCGUUGGAAAGGAGAAUCUGUCUGUGUAUUUGUGCUUUGUUCUUUGUGUCUUUUUUUUUUUCACUUUGUUGUAUAUGCGAACCUACAGUGUUAGAGCGUAGAGGUAGCAACUCUGUAGUAGUGGGAAUCAAAUGUCCAUUUCGCUGUGGUUCGUGGUGGGUUGACGAUCUCUGAACAGCGAGAAAAAGAACAACUGCAGUAUGUCGUAACUGUCAUUAGAUGUUUUAAAUCUAGGUUUAGUAACUCGUUUGUUUUUUAUGAUUAUGAACAAAUUCUGUUUUAGCUUUUAUAUUUAAAAGUAUUUUCUUCAUUGUUCAA